ACAUAAUUAAGCUCGUCAUAAACCCUUCAAGAUCAAACCUCAUGCCCACCGGUGUUAACCCCCACACCAUUCUCUCCCACACCACAAACAACACCGCCACCACAUUUUUUGAGUCAAACGAAAGAAUUUAAAAUCCCAUUUUUUUAGCAAAAUUUCGACGACAACAGUUGAAGGGAAAGGAAGAAAGAUCUUCAAAAGUUGGAUUUUUGAUGUUCAGUAGUAGAUAGAUUUUGGUGUUGGAGGACUGAUUUUGACAAUUUAAAACAAUUACAAAGAAUAAUUGAGUUUAAUUCAGCUGUUUUGUGUCGAAGAGAACCGACCCUAAUUCAAUUCAAAGUCAUUGAUUGGGAUUCUUGAGAAAGUUGCGAGAAGACUUCAUCGGCACAGUGACCUUAAAUCCAAGAUAUCUUCUUCCCCAUCUUAUUUUGGGUUCAUUUCGUUUCGGAAAUUUUUGGCGAUCAUGAGAGAGUUAAUUUCAGUGGCGGAAUUAUCUGGAAUCAUAAUAGUUGUUUUAACAUUGAUUCUACUUCGAUUAGUUUAUGUUCUACAUCGAUGUGGUAAACCCUUCCAAAAUACUGCUGCAAAACCUCUCAUUACCCUCAUUGUUCUUGGUUCAGGUGGUCACACAGCUGAGAUGAUUAAUCUCUUGUUGGUGCUCAAGAAGGACAGGUUUAUACCUAGAUUUUAUGUAGCUGCUGCCACUGAUAAUAUGAGUUUGCAGAAAGCUCAAACAUUUGAGUGCUCUUCGAGUAAUGAGAAGGGGAUGGAAACUGCGCAGUACUUGCAGAUAUAUCGCAGUCGGGAAGUUGGUCAGUCAUAUAUAACUUCUGUUUGGACGACACUGAUUGCAAUUGCUCAUGCAUUGUGGCUGAUGAUUAAAAUCAGACCUCAAGUGAUCCUCUGCAAUGGCCCUGGUACUUGCAUUCCUUUAUGUGGAAUUGCCCUUUUGUUUAAGGUAUUGGGGAUCAGAUGGUCGUCGAUAUUCUACGUGGAGAGUAUUGCAAGAGUUCAAAGGCUCUCUUUGAGUGGCUUGCUGCUGUACAAACUUAGAAUGGCUGAUCAACUUUACGUGCAAUGGCCUCAACUGCAAAGGAAAUAUCCUCGAUCUAUUUACGUUGGUUGUCUCAUGUAGCUGUUUAUUGCAGGGUCACUUGUGUGGAUUCUGCUAUAUGUGCUCCGUACUUAGGUGUAAUCUUCAUUCUUGUAAUUUUUUUUUGAGAUUUGAGUUUUGAUCAAUGUUUGCUUACAGAGUAAUGGAAUUUACACUUUUUGGUUGU